AUGCCUCCCACAAGGAUUAGCAAGAAGCAGCAUGGAGGACCGACCGAAGCAAAGAGGGCAAGGACGUCUGGGGACUCUAUCGCCGCUGUCCCCGCGUCUCUGGACAUCACCGCCUACCCCUACGUCCUCUCAGUCAUCAUAGGCCAGUCCUCCCUCUCCGCUCUCACGAUUCUCGCUCGAUGCAGCAAAUAUACCUGCCAAGCUGUCAUUCCCAAGCUAUACCGCAAUCUUCGCCUGAGCACCAGCCAAUUCGAGCAGCUCAUCGAGAUUGGUCACGCCCCGUCGAAGCGGGGCUCAACAUCGGGACUGCUCGGUCGAUCGUUCUCUCCAUACCUCCGCGAGGGUCUCCAGCAUGUCCGCCAUUUACACAUCACCGAUCUCACUUGCCAAUGGGUCGUUCCACCCAUCCCGCGAGGCUGUCUCUCGCGCGUCACGAACGUCACGAUCACGCUCACCGCGGACGACUGGCGUACUCAAAGCACCCUUCCUCUCCCAUACAAGCUCCUUGAAAGGCUGUCAAAAGCACUGCGUAACUUCACGAUCAUCAUCAAUCCUUCGUACUCCUUCACAUGUCGGUACCCAUACAUCCCACCGGGCACCAUUUACGACUUCGUCACUGGCGCCUCGCUGACGGCGCUGACUGUCGUCUUUCGACCCGGCAUCCUUGCUAUUUUCCAGAGAGAUGUCCUCACGCGGCAAGGUGUCGUCCAUGAGUGGCCUCUCAGCCACCGUCUGAGGCCCCACAUUCCGCUUCCAUAUACCGUCCGCCUGGUCGCCGCCGAGUAUUCCGGCUAUGUCUUUGCUCCAGCAGGAUCUGCCGAUACCAUUGCGAUGGGUCCUGUCGCAGCUACAGGCGGAAAUGCAAUGCUUGAUUUCACUUCUUGGCUGGAUGCGCAGGAAUCUGGGGCCAUGUUCAGCGAGCAAGACGAGGCGGUGCUUAGGAGGAUGGAUCGGGUCUUUGGCACAGUUCGCAAGUACUCGGUAUGCAGGAUAAGUCUGCGCCAGAUGAGAUUCCUCGGCCAGCCUGACUCGGAACAGCGGCUAUGUAUGGGUGAUGGGCGUUCUAGAGGCGCGCACGAAACCAAGCGGGGCAGCAGUAUGGAUGGCGGGACAGACGCAGUCAAAUGA